AUGGGAGGCGACCAACCUGAAAUCAUCACCGCCUACAAGGAACUUACUUCCAUCAAGGCUCAGACCCAGGAGCUGCCCGGUAAAGAUGUCGACAUGGACCCCCUUGCCGAAUUUACCAAGCUCGAAGACUGGGACGAUGACGGAAAGCCUUAUCUCCGAGAGUAUGUCGGAAGCGGCAAGCUGAAGGGAAAGAAGGCGAUCGUCACUGGUGGAGACUCUGGUAUCGGCCGAUCUGCUGCUCAGCUCUUUGCUCGAGAGGGUGCCGAUGUGACCAUUGUCUACUUGCCUGAGGAGGAAGAAGAUGCGCAACGCGCCAAGAAGGCCAUCGAGUCUGACGGCCAGCAGUGUCUUGCCCUCGCUCUCGACCUCAUGAAGGCCGACCAAGCUGAGGCUGUCGUCAAGAAGCACAUUGAAACGUUUGGAAAGCUCGACAUCUUGGUCAACAACGCUUCCAAGCAGAUCCUGUGCACUGACAUCGCUGAGAUCGAGCUUGCCAACGUCGAGAGUACAUUCCGAAGCAACAUUCUCGGCAUGUUUGCUCUCACCAAGUUCGCCGUGCCCCACCUCAAGGGUGGCUCCGCCAUCAUCAACACUUCCUCUGUCACUGCCUUCAAGGGUUCUCUCGGUAUGGUGGACUACUCGUCUACAAAGGGUGCUAUCGUCACCUUCACCCGUUCUCUCGCUGGACAACUGGCACCCAAGGGUAUCCGGGUGAACGCUGUCUGCCCGGGACCUGUAUACACACCGCUGCAGCCGGCAUCGAGACCGGCGGACAACAUGGAGGGCUGGAGCGUUGGUGGGCCUCCCCUGCAUGGUAGGGCGAGUAUGCCCGCCGAGAUGGGUCCUUCAUAUGUCUUCCUUGCUUCUGCGGACGCGAAUGCUAUGACGGGACACAUGUUGCACGUCAACAACGGGCAGUGGAUUGGAUAA